GACCAUAGACAUAGACGCUGGUUGCCAUGGGUUCGGUAGCAAAACAAAUAUGGCGUCCUUAAACCUAUCGAGGACUAGGUAGCUGUUAAGGUUUUUCCCCCCACUAUGGCUAUGCAAUUGAACUUCUGGGGUUGGCUGCAAUAUGCUUAUGUAUUUAUUCUCGCUAUUCUUUCCAAAGGAGCAAACAGCAGCACUGACAAUAAAACAUUGAUUCCUCAUCCAGUUUACCAGCCUCUGGGUUCCUGUCCGUGUGAUCUCAUUGCAGACAUUUGUGAUCUGCGUUGCUGCUGUGAUAUGGACUGUUCCUCUCUUGCCAACCAGUUGUUUGAGUCCCAUUGUCUGCCGGGUCCCUUGGGUGGACAUGUCAGUCUUGUCCCGGACUACCAGUGCUCUGAUCAAACUUCUGAAAACACACCAGGCUGGUUUCACUUUCUGUGUGUCACCUCGCCAGCAGAAAACAAUCCACUGCUGGGACUCUAUUAUAGUGGGAAAACAGAAGCUCCCAAGGGUUCUUCAUCAUUUCAAAGUCCAAAGUGGACACUUCCCCUUUCUGUGGCCAGUUAUAGACAAGGACACCCCAUCUUCACUGCCACAGACAAAUAUUUGACCAUUCCUCAGAGGUCCUUGCUUGGCCACUGUAUGGAAAAUGCACCUGUGGUUUUCCUGGAAAAUGUCCAGACUGAAUGCAUCAGCUUCCCCCUCUCCUGCCCACCCUUCCCAACUGAUCUGGCAGUGGAUAUAAGAGACGGCCACGGAGGGGUAGUACCUAUCAUUAUAACUGACAAGUUGGUAGCUGAUCUGACUCCCUUUGUGUCAUGGGCCCCAAAUCCCCAAAAUGUGAAUACUGGAUCUGCAGAAUCCCAUCAGGUUUUGUGUGAGAAUGUGACCUUGGCCUUGAAUUACACUUUUUAUUGGAGAAGAGCAGGCCUUUCUGGCAUCACUCUGAAGCGCACCAUUGGCCAUGUCCAUUUGGACCCCCACUUGUCAUUGAUCACCAAGAUCUCUGCAACAUUUGUGAAUGGAGAUAUUGCAGCUCAACCUCACUCUGGAAUGACAGGUUAUCUAGUGGGAAGACCUGUCAUUGGUGGUGUUGUGAUGUCACCACCCAUGGUCAUACAGAGAGCCACCUUGAAGUCAUGGCAUUCAGGUGAAGAUGGGCUCUGUGAGUCUGCUGACCUGAGGCCUGUGAUGUUUGGGCUCAACUCUACCUCUGGCUGCAUGUUACCUGUUAGCCUGGAGAACUUCACUGAAUGUAGAAGGCUGAGAGAUGCUGUCCAAACCAUUUUAACAUCAUUAGUGACAUCUACGCUCAUUGCCAGGAAUGGAAAUCCUAACUUCUACAGCCUGGCUGACUGGGUGAAUGUUACCAGUGUUGUACAGAAUUACAGCACAUCUUUAAACCCUGGCUACCCUGGUCUGUGUGAGGGUGUGCCCUCGCAACUCCACAUUAUCAUCCACUGCAGUGCUGGACCACAGACAGAGAUAACAGCUGUAGAAAUCCAUCAAAAAACAACAACAUGGAGGUUACAGUGUGAAGUUGGAACUCACUGCCAGAGUCUGAAUACAACUCAGUCUUUUCCUCUCACCUCCUCUGUCACCUUCAGUGAAGAAAGGGUGCCCAGUGUUCCUCCCAAAACAAGGUUUCAGAUUACCUUUACAGAAUUUGAUUGUGCCAGGAAUGAUGUCUGUUGGCCAGAACUGCUAUUUCCUUUCACUAAAUACUACACAGGUGAGCCUUUUUCACAGGCCUUGGUUAAGAGCAUCACUUUAGUAUUCCUCUUCAUCAUUGCUUCUCUGCUGGGAUCUCCAUGGAGGCAGAUCAGGCAGGCAUGGAGCAAUACAGCAUUUUAAACUAAUAAAUAGAUAUUCACAAUAGGACAUUUUAGAGAGGGGCCACUGGUACAUUGUUUUUUGUACGUACAUUUUCUAUAAAACUAGUCCUGUUUGUUUUUGGUAAAGACAAUGUUAUUUUGGUUUUCACUGUACUGUAUGUACGUAUAUGUAUGUAUAAUUAUGUGUACAGGAUCCAACAAUGUAAUAGAACAUAUGUUUCAAGGUCUUUUCCAUUUGUUGGUGAACAAUGGAUUUCUGUGUAAAAAUUGGUUUAUAAUUUCUGUUCUGCAAGAAUAAAAGCAGUAGGAUGUCCAGAAUCUGCAUGCAUUUUAAAGAGACUAUAGAAACAGCUAUCUUGUGCAAUAAGGUUCAUUACCCCUCAGAUGGUAAAACGGAUAGUUUGUGGAAUGUGGAAUGUAAUUGGACAAUGGUGUCAAUACCAAUCUGUUUGGAAAGUUAGAAUCAGAAAAGUGUUAUCAACUUCUUAAAAAUAACACCCCCUUUAUGCAGACCAGAGGAAACCACUACUCUGUUUAUGUCUAUGGAAAUAUGAAAUAUGAAAUACUACCCUCCUUUCCCUGUGUGGUCAGGUAAAUACAUUUUGGUCAUGAACCUAAACCCUUCUGAUUCAUUAAGUCUAAUUUAGCUAUUUUUCGAUUUUCUUACUUUAAAGAAAACUUUUCUUUCAGGUUUGCAACUAGCUGAAAUGCUGGUCAGUUGCAAUGUUCGAUCUUGCUUGUUCGAUAACUGCCUGUUACCAAAUGACUACAUAGGCUAUGUAACUACAGAGACAGUAAAUAAAGUAAUCUAUUCAAUUCAAUUCAAUUCAGUUUUAUUUAUAUAGCGCCAAAACAGUAAAAUUGUCUCAAGGCGCUUUACAGAGCCCAGAGCCUGGACCCCCUUAGAGCAAGCGCAAUGGCAACAGGGGCAGGGGAAAACUCCCUGUAAGUAAAAAAAAUCCCCAAUCUAGUAGCCUGUCAUUCAUCAGGACCUUAAGUGAGAUUGAAAGGUUUUUUAUUUAUUUAUUUAUUUAUUUUACAGCAAAGUACUCUCUGUUCAGAGCACUUUCGUUCUCCCGUUUAUAGUUCUAAAAUAAUGUCUCCAGUAUAGUGGCAAUUAAGAUGGGCCUUAAGUGAGAAGGGCAGCGGUUUCUCUGUCUACAAAAGAGAUUGUUCUGUAAAAGAUUAAUUUUGUUUUCACUGUUCAUUAAAUAUGUUUUGUUGCUAA